AUGGGAGAAAUAAAAGUAAAAAAUGGUAAACUGGAAUUUCCAAGAAAAAAUGAUGAAAAUAAUACCAAAUUUGACUUAUUGGAUUUAUAUAAAAAAAAAUAUCAAAAGAUAGACAUAAAUAAAGCUAAAAGUGUUUUAAAUGAUUAUUUUAAUUAUCCAAAUCUUAAAGAAAAACAAAUAGAAUGUUUAAAUGGAAUUAAAAAUUUUGAACAUAUUUUAAAUAUUAUGCCAACAGGAGGUGGAAAAUCUUUAAUAUAUCAAAUUAUGCCAUUAAUUAUUGAUGGUAUAAGUAUUGUAAUUAGUCCUUUAAUUUCAUUAAUACAAGAUCAAGUAAAAUCUUUAAGAAAUAAAAAUAUAUUUUCAGAAACAAUUAAUAGUUCUUUAAAUAAAAAAGAAAAUCAAAAUAUAUUAGCUAUGUUAAAAAGCUUCAACGAUUGUAAUAUAAAAGUUUUAUAUAUUACUCCUGAAACAGCUACAAGCCCACAAUUUAUAUCAAUUUUAGAAGAACUAUAUUUAAAUGGAAAAAUAUCUUUAAUAUCAAUAGAUGAAGUACAUUGUAUUAGUACAUGGGGUUGUGAUUUUAGAAAAAGUUAUAGACAUUUAAGCAAGUUAAUAAAUACUUGCCCAUAUGUUAGGAUAUAUAGUUGCACCGCUACUGCGACAAAGCAUGUGGAAAGAGAUAUAAUUACUAACUUAGGAUUCCAUGAUUCAGAUGGUAAAAAAAAUGAUGAUAAUAAAAAUGGUGAUAAUAAAAAUGGUGAUAAUAAAAAUGGUGAUAAUAAAAAUGGUGAUAAUAAAAAUGGUGAUAAUAAAAAUGGUGAUAAUAAAAAUGGUGAUAAUAAAAAUGGUGAUAAUAAAAAUGGUGAUAAUAAAAAUGGUGAUAAUAAAAAUGGUGAUAAUAAAAAUGGUGAUAAUAAAAAUGGUGAUAAUAAAAAUGGUGAUAAUAAAAAUGGUGAUAAUAAAAAUGGUGAUAAUAAAAAUGGUGAUAAUAAAAAUGAUGGUAAGAAAAAUGACAAAGAAACGACAAAUAUGUAUAAGGGACUGAAAAUUGUAAGAACAUCUUUCAAUAGACCAAACAUUAAAUAUAUAAUAAUUUAUAGUGACUUACUAAAAAUUGAUAAAAAGGAAAGUAUAUGUGAUAUAGUCAGAGAAAAACGAAAUGAAGGAAAAACAGGAAUUAUUUAUUGCUUUAAAAGAAAAACGUGCGAUAUGAUUUCAAAAUAUUUAAGAGAAAAUGGGAUACAAUCAUUAAGCUAUCAUGCAGGUUUAACUAAUAAUGCAAGAAAACAAAUUCAAGAAAAAUGGAUAAAUGGAACUAUAAAAAUAUUAGUAGCUACAAUAGCAUUUGGUAUGGGAAUAGAUAGAAAAGAUGUUUCAUAUAUUAUACAUUUUAAUUUACCAAAAUCUAUAGAAAAUUAUUAUCAAGAAUCGGGUAGAGCUGGUAGAAACGGUAAUAUAGCAUUUUGUUAUUUAUAUUAUUCUAAGGAAGAUGUAGAAAAGUUAGCAUUUAUAAUAAAAGGAUGUUAUUCAAACUUAGAUGCAUAUAAUCCAAAUAUGGAAAAAAAAUUCGAAAAAGAAAUGCAUAAUUUAGAGUGUGUUCACAAUUUAUGUAUUACUCAGAAAUGUAUACGAACUCAAAUUUUAAAUUAUUUUGGAGAAACUUAUCAAAAAGAUAAUCAUAAUAACAAAGAUGGAAAAUCUGAUAUUAAUUAUUGCUGUUCAUAUUGUUUUGAUAUUAAAGGCUCCGCAGAUAAAAUAAGGCAAAUACACAAUUUAUAUCAACAAGAAAAUUGGAACCCAAAAUUUCAAAGAAAAACAAAUGACUAUAAUAAUGUAACAUCUUAUCAAUAUUCUCAUAAAGGGAAAAAACAUAAAUUAAGUGAAAAUGAUUCUGAUUCUAAUCAAUACGAAGAAAUCGGAUUUAAUGAUUAUAAAUUAAGUAAUAAUAGGAUUAAAGGAUUUGUACCUUUUCAAAAAGCAUCCUCAAUUAUAUCAAAAGAUAUACGAGAAAAAGGAAUAGUUGAAGUCAUGAAAGAAUUAGAAAGACGUGAAGAAAUGGCAGAAAUUAAAUUGCAAGAAAAAAAUGAUAAAAUUCCUAAAGUAAGCAGAUUAAUACCUACAUGUGUUAAUAUAAAAAAGAAAAAUAUAAUAUCAUCUUUCAAAGUUCCUCGAAAGCUAUAA